CAGUCACUGCGCGCGACCUUCGGCCGGGGUCCCCGUCCGGUCCGGUCCGGGCGGGCAGCGGGGCUGACAUGGAGGACGAGGCGGUCAGCGGGGCGCAGCUCAUCGCCCAGGCCCUCAGGGCGCAAAAUAUUGAAUACAUGUUUGGCAUUGUUGGCAUUCCAGUCACUGAAAUCGCAAUUGCAGCCCAGGCAGCUGGAAUAAAAUAUGUGGGAAUGAGAAAUGAACAAGCUGCCUGUUAUGCUGCAUCUGCUGUUGGAUAUUUGACUGGCAGGCCAGGAGUAUGUCUUGCUGUGUCUGGUCCAGGUUUCUUACACACCCUUGGUGGGAUGGCAAAUGCAACCAUUAACUGCUGGCCUUUGAUUGUUAUUGGAGGUUCUUCUGACAGAAAUCAGGAAACAAUGGGAGCUUUCCAAGAAUUCCCACAGGUUGAAGCUGGCAGGCUGUACAACAAGCUGUCUGUCCGCCCAAGCAGCCUGGAAGUUAUUCCUGCUGUUAUUGAAAAGGCUGUAAGAACCAGUAUGUAUGGUCGUCCAGGCUCCUGCUAUAUUGACAUACCUGGGGAUUUUGUGAAUCUUCAGGUGAAUAAGAGCUCUGUCAAGUAUGUGGAAUGCUGCCUGCCCCCUCCCAUCACCAUGGCUGAACACUCGGCUGUAUCCAAAGCAGCCUCUGUCAUUGCWCUUUCCAAGCAGCCUCUGCUCAUUAUUGGCAAAGGUGCUGCUUAUUCACAUGCUGAAAAUAACAUCAGAAAGUUGGUGGACCUUUGUGGACUGCCUUUUUUGCCUACACCAAUGGCAAAAGGAGUAGUUCCUGAUAACCAUCCAAAUUGUGUAGCUGCAGCAAGAUCAACGGCAUUACUGCAUGCUGAUGUAAUCAUCUUGCUUGGUGCAAGGUUGAAUUGGAUUUUACAUUUUGGUCUUCCACCRAGGUAUCAACAGGAUGUAAAGGUUAUUCAGAUUGAUAUUUGUGCAGAAGAGCUGGGGAAUAAUGUAAGGCCAGCUGCAACUUUAUUAGGUGACAUAAACGCUGUGACUAAGCAGCUCUUAGAAGAAUUCAACAAAAGGUCAUGGAAAUACCCUUCUAAUUCAGAGUGGUGGAAGAGGCUAAGAGAGAAAAUAAAGAACAAUGAGGAAAGAUCGAAGGGAUUAGCACUACAGAAAUCUCUGCCUAUGAAUUACUAUACAGUCUUUCAUCACAUCAGAGAACUGAUACCCAAGGACUGCAUUUUAGUCAGUGAGGGAGCAAACACCAUGGACAUUGGACGAACUAUGCUUCCAAAUCUCUAUCCCCGUCAAAGGCUUGAUGCAGGUACUUUUGGAACGAUGGGAGUGGGGCUCGGUUUUGCCRUAGCAGCUGCAAUGGUGGCCAAAGACAGAACACCUGGAAAGCAAGUUGUCUGCAUAGAAGGAGAUAGUGCUUUUGGAUUUUCUGGGAUGGAGGUGGAGACUAUUUGCAGAUACAACUUGCCAAUCCUGAUUAUUGUAGURAACAACAAUGGGAUUUACACUGGCUUGGAUGCAGAUUCCUGGGAGGAGAUGUUAAAGUUUGGAGAUCCUGCUACAUGUGUACCUCCUGUUUCUCUCCUGCCAAAUGCACACUAUGAGAAAAUUAUGUCUGCCUUUGGAGGUAAAGGAUAUUUUGUUAAAACACCGGAAGAAUUGCAGAAUGCUCUGAAAGCCAGUGUGGCUGACAAGCAGACACCUUCUCUUAUAAAUGUAAUGAUUAAUCCACAAUCUGAGAGAAAGAAACAGGAAUUUCCCUGGCUGACUCGUUCCAACCUGUAGUAGAAGAAGAAGAUGAUUGUGCAAGGCAGCGCAUUAAA